AUGAGCCCCUCCCACUUUCAUGAACCCAAAAGACCAUUCCACUCUCGGUCUCACUGCACUAUACUAUACUAGCCAGGAGAACUCUUCAUUAUAAUUAUCUGCUAAUCGAUAGACUAUAUUGAAUGGCUAGCCCUCCAUCCUCUAAGAAGGUGUGUCCUGAUGAGACGAUCACGAUCAUGGUGACUGGUGGUAGUGGCCUGGUGGGACAGGCUAUAAGGACGGUUGUCGCAGAGGAAGCUCAGCCCAACGAGCACUGGGUGUUCCUAUCAUCUAAAGAUGGCGACCUCAGUGAUAUCACUGAGACGAGGAAGCUGUUUGAGAAGCACCGGCCCACCCACGUUGUACACCUGGCUGCCAUGGUGGGGGGUCUCUUCAAAAACAUCAAGUACAAGUUGGACUUCCUGCGUAAGAACCUUCAGAUCAACGACUCUGUGCUCCAGUGCUGUUAUGAGUACAAGGUGAAGAAGUGUGUCUCUUGUCUCUCCACCUGUAUCUUCCCCGACAAGACAACCUACCCCAUUGACGAGACUAUGGUUCAUAACGGACCACCACACAGCUCUAACUUUGGUUAUGCUCAUGCCAAGAGACUUAUCGACAUACAAAACAGAGCCUACCAUGAGCAGCAUGGAUGCAUGUUCACUAGCGUCAUACCCACUAAUAUCUACGGUCCCCAUGACAACUUCAACCUGGAGGACAGUCAUGUGAUCCCUGGACUGAUUCACAAGUGCUAUAUCGCCAAACAGAAUGAGUCCCCCUUGACUGUGUACGGGAGUGGGAGUCCCCUCAGGCAGUUCAUCUACUCCAAGGACCUUGCUAAGUUGUUUGUGUGGGUACUGAGGCACUAUGAAGAGAUAGACCCCAUCAUCCUAUCAGUGGGGGAAGAGGAUGAGAUAUCCAUCAAAGAUGUUGCUCUCAUGAUAACUGAAGCUAUGGAGUUCAAACAGGAGGUCAAGUUUGACACCAGCAAGUCGGAUGGUCAACACAAGAAGACUGCUAGCAAUGCUAAGCUGAGGAGCUACCUCCCGGACUUCCAGUUCACAGACCCCAAGCAAGGUAUCAGGGAGGCAGUCGAGUGGUUCUGUUCUAACUACGACACAGCUAGGAAAUGAUCACCAACUCUUGGAGACCACAAUAUAAUAUUAUGUGAACUUUAAUUAUAUAUUAUGAACACAUUAUUAUAUCAUCAACAUUUUUUUGUCAAUUUAUUAGAUUUUUAGCUAUUGAGAUGAUAAAAACAGAUUGAGAUCACUAGA